UCCUCGAGUCACAUAGCGGAGGCUGCAGGGGAGCGGGCCUGGAUCGUUGGACCCGAGCAAGGCUGCGUCAUGGAGUGUGCACUGGCUGUUACUCGUGUGAACCUUCAACUUGGAGAAACUGUUGAAGUGAAGGGGAAGAUCUUUUCAGGCUGCAGAGGUUUUGAGGUGAAUCUGGGCAAGGAUUGUGACAACUUAGUGCUUCACUUCAAUCCGCGCUUUGACUGCAAGGGCGAUGUAAACACCAUCGUGUGCAACUCCAGGCAAGACGGGGUGUGGGGAGAAGAGCAGAGAGAGUCCAGCUUCCCCUUUGAACAAGGGGGCAAGUUUCAGGCUUCCUUUACUUUUGCUUCUGAUGAGAUAACGGUGAAACUGGCUGAAGACUACACGAUCUCCUUUCCCAACCGGUUGGGCCUCAAUGUCAUUGAUUAUAUUGCCAUAGAAGGAGACUUCAAAGUCAAAGUUCUUAAAUUUCUCUGAUCUAGUCCUGUGCUCCUGCAGUCUUGCUACGUGGCUGAAUAAAGCAUUCUUUAAAUAAGCCAUAUAUAUAAGACCUGUUGCAUUGUUUUUCUCUUUCUGUUGAGCUGCCACCCCUUCAAUGGGGAACGCUCUGCUAAGGUUUUCUGAAGCAAAUUGACCCAGGAACCACUUUCUUGUUUGUAUCUGCUCCGAUAGGCUAUCUUGACAGCGGGCCUUUUCUGCUAUAAAAUGAAACCUCUUCUGAGGUGGAGGCCAU